CAAAGUUUAGGAUGUCAUCAGAUUUUACUCAUUGCUUUCCUGACAUAUAAAAUCAGACGAUUGUGUCUUACUGAUAUAAUUCUUCAGUAGCUGCUUCUACGAGGAAUAACUAAUUCGGUUGUUAAAUCUCCACAAUCUUCACUAGCAGGCCAACGGCCCCAGUGAUUCCCACGCGUUUACUUCCUAAUUUUAUUUUUUCGUAGCAGACAUCUGUACAGCACAUCCGAUAUUUAUUUGUUAUCAUGUACAAAACAGAAAAACGCCUGGCUCGAACAGUGGCCAGAUACGAACUGCCAAAACUAUUGCCCUGGUUGAAAUCUAAAUUUCCCAAAAGCUUGCCGGUGUAUCAUUUGAUUAAGAACGCAUUACGAGAAGAUUGGGCAUGGCCGGGUCUGGAAGUUAUUGUUGACAGCUAUCCGCAUCCGUCCAUCUGCAUCUGUCGAAGCACGGAGAUCAACGGCAAACUAGUCAGCGGCCAGUACGUCUUUAUUUACGCCAAAACCCACCAAUUCUUCCUAAACUUUGUGCGCAACCACUUUCAAGAAAUUGCUAACUGGAAAGCAACCGCUACGUUUAUCGAUGUGGAUACGGAAGUGGCCCAAAUUCUCUUGAAUCACAACCAGCAAUUCACUCAGGGUAUUUGGGAAAUAAUUUUCGGGCUGGUGGAUCAUGUUUCUACUUCGACUUGGCAGUUUGGAGCGAUAGGCGGGAUUCGUUACAAAUCCCAGAGCAUUUUCGAGUCGGAAAUCUCUCUAUCGAGCAUCUAGACCAUAUUGUAGCAAACUGUGCCACCGGAGACGCAAAAUCGAAGAAAGCAUUUUUCACUCAUAUUCUCACCAACGACUUUCCAACGGCUGCCAUCUUUGACACUAAUCAUGAGCGGAAUUCUGCUCCGGUUGCGUACUGCAUGUACCUGCCGCAAGGAUCAAUCGGCGCUGUAUAUAUUCAUCGUGACUAUCAAGAACAAGGUCUAUUCAAAGUGGUAAUAGCUGAGUUAUUAAACGCUUUGCAUGAGAUUGGGGAGACUUCCGUAUGGAUGGAGAGCGUGAACCUCAAUAUUCCGUCUCAGCUCGAGGAUCUCCGCGAUCUUGGCGGUCGGGAUUAUGAAGAUCAUAGGAAAUGUUGUAUCCGAUAUUGGCCGAGCAUCCCAAGAAAAAUUAUCCCUAAAAAGAGAGUGGUCCAAAAAGCCCCGAUUGUCGAUAUCCUUAUCCCUGCGGAUUACACGCUGAGUGAUAUGGAGUUGGAUGAAGGGGAUUUCUACGCGGAUCCUGGAUUAUCGCGAAAAUACGGACAUAAUGUGGAAGAGCGGCAGCGUGUCUCUGCAGAUUUUGAGGCAGAAGGCAGAAAGCUAGCCCGAAAAAAGAAGAGGGCGGCAAAAGAUGCCCAAGGUAAAUCCCCAAGGAAAUCAGCGUCCUGGGAAAAUGAGCGGGAAGAUUUUGUUGUGGGUUACUUUCUUUCGGAAGAUCAUUAUAGAGUUGAGAGUGUCUGACGAUAUCGCACAUAACUGGGCAUCAGACGUGCAAUAAGAAUAGUUUCUCCCUUUUUUAGAUUUGGUUCUCACUUUUUAGAAGCGUCUACAAUGAUGACCUUUUUAAAUUGCUGAUGGUUUGUGAACUAGAGCAGCUUUAAGCAGGAACAAAUGAUUCCAUAACCUGUUUUUAAAAUGCAUGAUUCUCUCCAGAGCAUUGAUGCACUUUCCUUAAAAGGAAGGGAUUAACUUGCAGUUGUUUUUAUGUGCAGAUGUUGUGCACAUGUGACAGUAAAGACUGUAGCCACAAAA